CAAACACUCAAAUAUCAUAGCAUAGGAAUACUACAAUCUCAAAUGGCUGAUCUCAAGCCACGCGAUACCAUUACUACUUGCUUGAAUGACAUCACGAGAGACGAGACGAAUGGCGUCGCGGGCCUCGUAUUCGUCGCCAUCGAUAAGCAUGGCGAACAAAUCGCAGCUCAAGCAUCUGGAACGAUCGGGCUUGACAUCAAAGAACCAAUGACAACAGAGACAGUUUUCUGGAUCGCAUCUUGUACCAAAGUUCUCACGGUCAUCGCAUGUCUGCAGGCUGUUGAGAAACAACAGUUGGCAUUGGAUGACCACGAGCAAGUAUACAACCUCUGUCCCGAGCUGCGAGCUGUCAAGGUCCUUCAGGACGACGGUAGUCUUGUGGACAAGAAGCAGGACAUCACGCUACGCAGGCUCUUGUCUCACACAGCAGGCUUUGGAUAUGAGUUCUCAAACGAUAAACUAUUACGAUACGGCCGACCGGUCGGGUUCGAUGUGUUUCAUGCCGACAUGAAGACAAUCCUCGCCAUGCCUCUUGUGAACCAGCCCGGCGAGACAUGGGAAUACGGCAUCAAUGUCGACUGGGCCGGCAUCAUGCUUGAGCGGGCUACCGGCGUGCGCCUGAACGAUUUGAUUCAAAGAGAUAUAUGCCGACCGCUCGGGCUCCACGCUCUGAGCUUGCUCCCAGGUCCAGAGAUGGUUGCGAAGCUAGCACACAUGCACCAGCGCUGGCCAGGUAACUCUCACAUAGAAACUCGAGACCAUCUCUAUCGAGAACCACUCCUGGCUGCAAAUGAUACAGAUAAGGAUCGUCUAUUCCACUCUGGAGGUGCCGGCGGUUUCGCUACACCCGCGAACUUCGUUCAAGUCCUGGCUGUGCUUCUCAACAAUGGCGAGCAUAGUCAAACAGGAGCACGUAUACUCAAGCCUGAGACUGUAGAUCUGAUGUUCGAGAAUCAAAUUCCACACUUGCCCGAUUUCGCUCGGGUGCCUUCUCCAGCGUCAAAGCCGGAGAUCGCCAAUGCAUCGCAGGAGACAUAUCCACAAGAAGGCAAUCCACCGCAAGGUUGGAGCUUCGCCGGUUUCUCGAUUCAGGAGCCUGGCGCGUCACUGCGCGGCAGAGGCACUGUGUGGUGGGCCGGAAUUGCCAAUUUGUUCUGGUGGUGCGAUCGUGAGAAUGGCGUGGCAGGGAUGAUCGCCUCGCAAAUCAUGCCCUUUGGCGAUCUCGAUGUGAUAAACGCGUGGUCGUCCUGCGAAUCAGUGGUAUAUGAGUUGAUGAUGUCUAAGACUAGCUGA